CCUCCUCACACUCCACCGCCACCACCUCUAAAUCCCAGCCUCCGCCUCCGCCUCCACACGAGAAGAGAGACUCAGUAGCAACCCACGCCAAGAGCAGGCAGCUCCGUCCUAGCACCAACCAAUGGCGACGUCGCGGGCGGACGUGGAGAAGGGCGGGUCGUCGCCGAGGAAGGCGAAGCAGGAGCCGGGCAAGGUGCCGUCGCCGCUGUACCCGCAGCACGAGGGGGAGCGGGAGUGGACGCCCUGGCUGGUGCCCUCCAUCCUGGUCGCCAACAUCACCGUCUUCACCAUCGCCAUGUACUACAACAACUGCCCCGCCCACAACGCCAAGCCGGGGCGCGACGGCCAGUGCGUCGCCCGCUUCCUCCACCGCUUCUCCUUCCAGCCCCUCCGCCAGAACCCGCUGCUCGGCCCAUCCUCCGCAACGCUCGUUAAGAUGGGCGCGCUGGUGUGGGACAAGGUGGUGCACGGGCACCAGGGGUGGCGCCUCUUCUCCUGCAUGUGGAUGCACGCCGGCGUCCUCCACCUCGUCGCCAACAUGCUCAGCCUCCUCUUCAUCGGCCUCCGCCUCGAGCAGCAGUUCGGAUACGUGCGGAUCGGCGGCAUCUACCUCAUCUCCGGCGUGGGCGGGAGCGUGCUGUCGUCGCUCUUCAUCCGGAGCGCCAUCUCGGUGGGGGCCUCCGGGGCGCUCUUCGGGCUGCUGGGGGCGAUGCUGGCGGAGCUGCUGUCCAACUGGACCAUCUACACCAACAAGGUGGCGGCGGUGACCACGCUGCUCUUCGUCAUCGCCGUCAACCUGGUGCUGGGCAUCCUGCCGCACGUCAACAACUUCGCGCACAUCGGGGGGUUCCUCACCGGGUUCCUCAUCGGCUUCGUGCUGCUCAUGCGCCCCCACUUCGGGUGGAUGGAGCGCUACCGCCUCCCCGCCGGCAGCCCCUGCACCGCCAGGAAGUACCUCCCCUACCAGUGGGCGCUCAUGGCCGUCGCCCUCGCCCUCGCCGUCGCAGGAUUCGCGAUCGGGCUGGCCAUGGUGUUCCGCGGCGCCAACGCCAACAGCAGCUGCGGCUGGUGCCACUACCUCAGCUGCGUCCCCACCGCGAGCUGGUCAUGCGCCAACUGAGCACACACCACCAACACACACAUGAGAAUUCCAGCAGCGAGCGCUUUCCCCGUCGUCAGGAAUUCUUCCAGCGGGUGCCCCCACAACAUAUUGUCCGGUCCAUAUUUGUAGAUAUAGAUCAAGGGAGGGAAGAAAAAGGGGCUACUGCCUGAUUGGUUAGACACACACACAGACAAGACUCGUUGGGGUCUUUAUCUCUUGUCCAUUUGAUUUAUUCUUUUGUAAUGUAUAAUGAAUGAAGAUUGCUUUGAGAA